CUGUCUGAUUGUUUUGUGCCAAGCCGCCCCGCCCAAAAUCAAGGGUUCUCGUGUUGGAGCCGUGACGCUGGACGCUACCAGCAAGCAAACUCCAAUUGAUUGUUAUAGAGUUGUUAAAGAAGCAAAGAAAGAAUGGUGGGUGCUAAUGCUGAAGCAGGUGAUGGGCUUCCUACAAAAUUGGAAAAGUUGCAACUUGAGCACCAAGAUGGCCCAAAUAGUGUUGCAGGUUUGGCUGAUACAAAGGAAAAAUCAAGUAUAGUAGUUUCUAAUGAAGAAACUGGAAUUUCAAAUUCUGUGGGUGGCAAUGGAAAUGUUACCUCAGUUUCACCAUCAAAGCAUAAGGAUGAAAAUGGCAAAAAUGAGGAUAGUGCAGCACCAGAUAACGUAUCAGAAACUUCAAAGAAGAAAAAAAAGAAGAGCAAAAGCAAGAAGAAGAAAGAAACUCUUCAACAAACCGAUCCUCCAUCUAUUCCUGUUAUUCAACUUUUCCCAUCUGGGGAGUUCCCUGAGGGUGAAAUUCAGCAAUACAAAGAUGAUAACCUAUGGAGGACUACUUCUGAAGAAAAGCGGGAAUUGGAGCGCCUUGAAAAACCCAUCUAUAAUGCAGUUCGCCAAGCAGCAGAAGUUCAUCGACAGGUUCGAAAAUACAUCAGAAGUAUUCUUAAACCUGGGAUGUUGAUGGCUGAUCUCUGUGAAACCUUGGAGAAUACUGUUCGUAAGUUAAUUUCAGAAAAUGGUCUACAAGCGGGCAUUGCAUUCCCUACAGGAUGCUCACUAAAUUGGGUUGCUGCACAUUGGACACCCAAUUCUGGGGAUAAGACUGUGCUUCAGUAUGAUGAUGUUAUGAAGUUGGAUUUUGGAACUCAUAUUGAUGGACAUAUAGUUGAUUGUGCUUUUACAGUAGCAUUCAACCCCAUGUUUGAUCCUCUGCUUGAGGCUUCAAGGGAGGCAACCAAUACUGGAAUUAAGGAAUCUGGAAUAGAUGUACGCCUUUGUGAUGUUGGUGCUGCAAUCCAAGAGGUCAUGGAAUCAUAUGAGGUUGAGAUCAAUGGAAAGGUUUUUCAGGUCAAAAGCAUACGGAACUUGAAUGGACAUAGCAUUGGCCCCUAUCAGAUCCAUGCAGGAAAAUCCGUCCCUAUUGUAAAAGGAGGAGAGCAGACAAAGAUGGAAGAGGGUGAAUUUUUUGCAAUUGAAACUUUUGGAUCAACCGGGAAAGGAUAUGUUCGAGAAGAUUUGGAGUGCAGCCAUUACAUGAAAAAUUUUGAUGUUGGACACAUUCCACUCAGGUUGCCCAAAGCCAAACAACUGCUUGCAACAAUCAACAAGAACUUCUCUACAUUAGCCUUUUGCAGGCGUUAUUUAGACCGCCUUGGGGAGACUAAAUAUCUAAUGGCACUAAAGAACCUGUGUGAUACUGGCAUUGUUCAGCCUUACCCUCCUCUUUGCGACAUUAAAGGUAGCUAUGUGGCACAAUUUGAGCACACUAUUCUUCUCCGGCCAACCUGCAAAGAAGUUAUAUCCAGAGGCGAUGACUACUAAUUGAGGAAUAAGUGUUCAUAUUUAUCUUGUUUUUUUCUAUUUCUCCAGUUACUGUACCAGUUUCUUGCACACAAACAGUUUCGAUCUGAAUAGCAAUCCAUAGAAAUAUACUUUCUUGGUCAUA